UUAAACCCUUCCCCAAGGAAACUUCAAAACUUUUCUAAAACCCCAACCUCUUAAACCCUAAUUCUGUUUCUUCAUUGUUUAUUUCUCUCUGCAUCAUAAGAUAAUACAGCAAUUGAAAUGGCUGCUUCGAUUUUCCUACGAUCUACGAGGCGGCGUGAAUUUCAGUCUGCUUCUCUUUCUGCUUACAGAUCGGUGGCAGGAAAUGUUAAAUCGUCAGUUUCAUCGUUUAUGACAAACAAAUGGUCAACUGCAGCUAGACCCUUCAGCAGCUCAAGGCCGCUGGGGAAUGAUGUUAUUGGUAUAGACUUGGGUACCACUAACUCUUGUGUUUCUGUUAUGGAAGGGAAGACUGCUAAAGUGAUUGAGAACUCUGAAGGUGCACGUACCACUCCAUCAGUUGUCGCUUUUAAUCAAAAAGGCGAUUUGCUCUUAGGAGCGACAGCUAAACGUCAAGCAGUAACAAACCCGACAAAUACUUUGUUUGGUACAAAACGUCUAAUUGGCAGACGCUUUGAUGACGCUCAAACACAGAAAGAAAUGGGUAUGGUCCCUUAUAAGAUAGUCAAAGCACCCAAUGGGGAUGCAUGGGUAGAAAUUAAUGGACAACAAUAUUCUCCAAGUCAAGUCGGGGCCUUUAUUCUUACCAAGAUGAAAGAAACAGCCGAAUCAUAUCUUAAUAGGCGGGUGGACAAAGCCGUUAUUACAGUUCCAGCUUACUUUAAUGACGCACAAAGACAAGCUACGAAAGAUGCAGGGAGGAUUGCUGGUCUAGAGGUGUUGAGAAUCAUUAACGAACCAACUGCGGCUGCGCUUUCCUAUGGUUCAAAUGAUAAAGAAGGUGUCAUUGCGGUUUUUGAUCUUGGAGGAGGAACUUUUGAUGUUUCUAUUCUGGAAAUAUCAGGUGGCGUGUUUGAGGUAAAAGCGACAAAUGGAGAUACAUUUUUGGGAGGAGAGGAUUUCGAUAAUGCAUUAUUGGAUUACUUGGUGAACGAGUUCAAGACUGCUGAGGGUCUUGAUUUAUCGAAAGAUAAGCUAGCUUUGCAGAGGCUUCGAGAAGCAGCGGAGAAAGCAAAGAUAGAACUAUCAUCAACAUCUCAAACCGACAUCAACCUUCCAUUUAUAACAGCAGACGCUUCUGGUGCAAAACAUCUAAAUAUAUCAUUAACAAGAUCAAAGUUUGAAACAUUGGUGGGUAACUUGAUUGAAAGGACCAGAACCCCGUGCUUGAACUGUCUCAAAGAUGCUGGUCUUUCGGCUAAGGAGGUUGAUGAAGUUUUGCUUGUUGGCGGCAUGAGCCGUGUGCCAAAGGUCCAACAAGUGGUUACUGAGAUUUUCGGGAAGAACCCAAGUAAGGGUGUUAACCCUGAUGAGGCGGUGGCUAUGGGAGCGGCGAUUCAGGGCGGCAUUCUUCGAGGAGAUGUGAAGGAGCUGCUUUUAUUGGAUGUGACUCCGUUGUCGCUUGGGAUUGAGACUCUUGGUGGCAUUUUUACUAAGUUGAUAAAUAGGAAUACAACCAUUCCUACAAAGAAAUCUCAGGUAUUUUCAACAGCAGGUGACAACCAGACCCAAGUCGAAAUCAAAGUACUUCAAGGCGAACGUGCAAUGGCAGCCGACAACAAGGUUCUUGGCGAAUUCGGGCUCGUCGGCAUUCCUCCAGCUCCUAGAGGCCUACCUCAAAUCGAAGUCACAUUCGACAUAGAUGCCAAUGGUAUCGUUACUGUAUCCGCUAAAGACAAAUCUAGCGGCCGUGAACAACAGAUCACCAUAAAGUCAUCGGGAGGACUCUCGGAAGACGAAAUUCAAAAAAUGGUCAAAGAUGCAGAGUUGCAUGCACAGAAAGAUGAAGAAAGGAAAGUGAUUAUGGAUCUUAAGAACAAUGCUGACACUAACAUAUAUAGUAUGGAGAAGAAUUUGAAUGAAUAUAAAGAUAAGAUUCCAUCGGAGGUGGCUGCGGAGAUCGAAUCGGCUAUUUCCGAUCUAAAGAAAGCGAGAGAUGGAGAGAACGGUGACGAGAUUCAGGCGAAACUCGAUGCGGCAAACAAGGCGUUGGCGAAGAUCGGGGAGCAUAUGAAUAAGGGGAGUGGGUCCGGGGGUUCGGAGGAGCCAGCACCGGAAGCGGAAUAUGAAGAGGCGGCGAAGAAAUAGGCGUCGGAAAAUUCGAUUGUUGUUAUUAUGAGGAAUUGAGGUUUAAAUUUAGGGAUUAUGGAUGUGUUCAAAUUGAGUUUUGAGGGUAACAGGAGGAAAGGGAGAUACAAAGGUUGGUUGAUCUUUGCAUCAUAUGUUUUGAUGCUAUCAUUUUUUGUUGUAUAAGAAAUGAUUUAUAUUUGCUAAUAAAUUAAUAUACACACCAUUUACGUU